CCGCAGGGAGGGCCAAUGAGCGGGGUGGGCCUGGGCGCGGCGGCGCUGCGAUCGCAUCAUGGACGUGGGGCGGGCACGGCGGGAGGGACUGCGGGGCCGGGCGGGAGCCGCGGCGGCGGGAGCGGGCCGUGGGCGCUGAGGCUCGGGGCGGGCGGUCCUCGCGGGCAGCUCCGUGGGAGCGGGGGCGCCGGGCCUGCAGCCGACCCGCGGCCUGGAUGGCGGGGCUGCCCGGGAGCCUCAGAGGCUGAGCCCGCACGCGCGGGGCUGGACGCGGGGCCGGACGCGGGGCCGGGGCGCGGGGACGCGGGGCCGGAACGCAGGGACGCGGGGCCGGGGCGCAGGGACGCGGGGCCAGGGCGCGGGGCGGGGACGCGGGGCAGGGACGCGGGGACGCGGGGCAGGGACGCGGGGCCGGGGCGCGGGCCCGACCGGCCGCCUAUGUUCUACGCGGGGCUGUUCUUCGUGAACGCGCUCAUCCUGUACUACGCCUUCCUCAUGGAGUACAUCGCGCUCAACGUGGGGCUCGUCUUCCUGCCCGACGACCUGGACCAGGCGCUCGCCGACCUGGGCGUGCUGUCCGACCCGGGCUCCGGCCCCCACGACGCGGACGCCGAGCUGGACGCGCUGGACGGCUUCCUGGACUAGCCGGCCGGCGCCAUGGCCUGCGCCCUCGAGAGCUUUGUGCAGCCUGGUGGUUCCCGCCCAGCCCUGCAGGGCAGCACAGACUGACCCCUGGGGGCCGCCCGCCGCCGCCGCCGCCGCCGCCGCCGCCGCCCAGUGACUUCGCCUUCGCACCUGACCCUCGCCACAGCUGCAGGAUGGGUGUUUACAGGAACGCGGCUGGCAUCGCCCGCCCACUGUGCCCACUUGCCUCAAACCUCACACCUGGGAGCAUGGCCUGGCCCGCAGGGACUUGGAGGUGGAGGGGCCUGGCCGGAGCCCUGCUGUCCCCCUCAGGCUACUCCUCUCAGCAGAGGCUUCCGGGAAGUGUAGCGGUGAAAACGCUGGAUAAGCCUGUAAAGCAAUACUUAGGGGCUGACUUCUCCCAUUAAAACGCGUAUGCCA